AUGACGGUUCUAAAAGCUCUUUGUUUAGAAAUCUCACAACGCGCGCACAAUAGGUACCUACUGUUCUUCUUUUUCUCCACCAAGAAGCCCAAGCUGUACAUCUCCUUUACCAUGGCUGGCCGCUUUUACAAGGCAAAGGAAGCCUACACAGCCUCUCCACUCGGAACUUCCUGCACAAGUCUACCCUGGGAACCACCUGUGGAUAUCAAACAGAUGUGCAAAGAGGCCAAGUUUGAAGCAUCAGGAUCCAUGGACAGUAGGACGCAAGUGAUGUAUGUGAAGGAGCAAAACAAGGGUCUCAUCUACACGUACGACAGCCAGUACACAAUCACCACCAAGAUCUGCAAGAGCCGUAAACCGAUGCCCGCCGUAGACGGCUUUGCCCUGUUCGACUUGGAGCUCGACCGAGACGAAGUCAAGUGUCCGAGGAACAAAACCGGCAAAUUCAGCACCCUGCAAGACAUCCGGAAAUUGGCCGAUGAGUUCCAGUCAACCCCAGCUCAUCGACUCCCAAAAACUUGUGAAGGGCUGUCUUUGGCUUUUUACUAA